AUGGCUCGGCCAUCCGACGUCCCAAUGUCGGAGCCUGCGAAACCCUCGAAAAGGAAGCGUAUCUGGGAAGAUCAAGAAGAUCCAGCUACACCACCACCAACAGCUCAGAGGGUGAAGAUCAAGGACAGACUCAGCAUCAACAACCUCAUUGAAGACAGACUCAGCAUUAAACAACUCAUUAAUGACAAAGGGGGCUCGGCAUCUACACCAGGAACCCCUAACAGCCCAAACUCAUCUGGCAAGCCUACCAAGCCAAAGCCCAAACGCAACAACAGAGGCAAACACCUGCCGCCCGGGUUCCGACCUGGACACAUCAGUUCAACUAAUUCAAAGAGAACCGGCCUUUUCAGUCCUGAAGAGAUCGAAACACUGGAACAGUUCAAACUUUGGUUCUGUAACCAGUAUCAAAUCACAGGCGAUAUGUUCGAUGCCUCUGUACAAAGCGCGCAAAACAUCAAGGGCGGUAUAUUCCAGCUAGACACACCGCCUAUCCCAUAUAAGGAGUUUUGGCAAUCUAUUUACGGACAGAUCCCAGAUCGCGACCAAAAAUCCAUCAAUCGGUUUUGCCGGCGUCAUUUUUCGAAUGCCUACAAACCGCAUCAGUGGACCACCGCGGAUGAUGAUGAGCUCGAGCGUCUGCAUCACGCUCUAGGACCUAAAUGGGCACAGAUCGCUCGUGAUAUGGAGAGGACCUAUGAUGAUGUUGUGCAGCGAUGGAAGAACAAAGUUGAGCAUCGACAUACUAUGAAACUAGGGCCAUGGGAUGAUGACGAGAUUAAUAAACUGAUUGAAUGUCUCGAAGAAACGCGCAAGAUUCAUUUGACAAUGGAAAAGGUAGAUAUCGGCAAGGAUAUCUACGAUUUGCCAGACGAGUUUAUCAGCUGGGGCGCAAUCAGCGAUCGGUUCCAACACACGCGCUCUCGCCAACAAAUCGCCGAUAAAUGGCGGAAAGUCAAACGUAUUGUACAGGAACGUCGUGCAGAUGGGUAUGAGGAUGCGGUCUGGGAACCGUCGAUCCAACCGAAACCGGGUCCGAGACCUAAGUACAGACCACUGCCCAUUCAAAGCGAGGAGCGGGGUCCGAUAAGUAGUGAAAUAGUCCACUCAUCUGAUGAUGAUGAUGAUGAUGAUGAUGAAAGCGAGGGCCAAAAUGAGAAUGGAACUGGGAAGGAAAACAGCAACGGAAAAGGAAAAGGGGAACAGCCCGCCAAAGCGAACGGCACAGCUCAGGCUCAGGUCGAUGAGUCAACCAAUGAGUCCUCUGAUUCGGACUCAGAGGAUGACAGCGAUGAGGGCUCUUCUGAUGAAGAGAGCAACGCAGUCGAAAAUGGUGACCAGAAAGCCGAUGAAGCUUCAGACAACGAAUCCGUCAUCCCAGAAUCCCAAGUCGAAGAAUCUCAGGCAUCAUCAUCCCCUUCUCCCAGUCCCAGUCCCGAACCAGAGACAAACGGACACGCGACCACUGGCAGACAAGCAUCCGAAGAACUCGGCGUUGAUCCUGUCGUCAACAACACCAAGGAUGCCCAAGAUGCGGAUGAAGAAGAUUCAGACGAAGAUCUCGAAGUACCAACUCCCAAGGCAAAGCCAGCAAAGCCAGCAAAGCCAGCAAAACCACCAAAGUCGCCUAUCGUCAAAGAAGAAGAGAAAUUCUCCACUUCUUCCGACAGUGAAAGUGACAGCGACGACGAGUCCCGUGACAGUUCAUCUGGUUCAUCCGACGAUGAGAGCGACGAAGAAAGCGAAGAAGAACUGAGCCCAGAAGAGAUUGAGAAGAAGAUUUUCAAGUUCAAGAAGGAGCCCGAGGAUGAUUGA